AUGUCGCCCUUGCGGACCCCCAGGCUUGUGUAUGCAGCCGUUGACCGGACAGGAGCGAUAAUCUUCAGCCAUGCAUCCGGAAAAACGGGACUCGGCCAGGAAGACCCCAUGACCCUCGACACGGUCUUCUAUAUGACCUUUUGCACGAAACUACUCACCAGUAUCGCCUGUAUGCAACUGGUCGAGCAGGGAAAGCUGGCGCUGGACGACAGUGACCAGCUGCAAUCAUUGGCCUCUGAGCUCCGGGAUGUGCAGAUGGUCGCAAAAGAGAGGCGACUUACACUGCGGAUGCUGUUGAAUCAUCCUUCUGGCUUUGGCUAUGCCUUCGAAGACCUGAAGCUGCUCGAAUGGUCGCGCCCCGUCGGCCUGGACGAUUUCUCGGGAAACACCCACGACGUGCUGCACCGGCCGCUAGUCAACCAGCCCGGAACCAAGUUCCAGUAUGGGCGCGUGACGGGGAUCUCGCUGGAAGAAUACUUCCAGGCCUUUAUUCUGCGGCCCUUGGGAGUGGAGAAUAUCACGUUCUGUCCGACGGACGACAUGAAGGCUAAUCCGGCGUAUAUGCACCAGCGUGCCAAGGACGGUUCGCUCAGUGUCACAGACCAUCUGUACCGGUAUCCUUUGCUUCCUUGCAGUCCGGAAGAGGGGGGUAAGCGGUGUUGUAUGGGAGGGGCGGGCUGUUUUGGAAAGCCGGUGGAGUAUUGUCGGAUUAUCGCGACACUUCUGAACGACGGCACGAGUCCCAACACGGGGACUAAGCUUUUGCAGCCUGGGACAGUUCAAGAGAUGUUCACCGAUCAGAUCCCAACCAUGCCGCGAUACUGCAACGAGUAUACGCCGUCGGGCAAGCCGCUUCUGGCCAACCCCUGCCCUCUGGUGCCGUGUGCGGACGACCUCACCGAAGGAUGGGGCCUAUCCUUCGCGCUCAGCCACACCAAGAGCUCGACUGGGAGAGCAGCAGGAUCGGGGUCCUGGGAAGGGCUGCCGAGUUUGUUCUGGUUUGCAGACCGGGAGAAUGGAGUCGGUGGUAUCAUUGCUUCGCAGAUACUGCCGUAUGGAGAUCUGGAGGUUCUCGGUUGUUCCGAGCGAGUGGAGAGUAUUAUUUAUGAACAUAUGUGUGGGAAUUGA